AUGCCCGCCAGCGAGCCGCAGUUCGCCACUGUCUCGCUCCUUCUCGGUGAAGAGGUGGAGGGGACGUUCCGCGUGCCGAUCACAGAUGAGACGACAGUGCGGCGCCUGGCAAAGGAUGCGAUGAUCCGGCUUCUCACCCGACGCGGCGAUGGGCGUCCUCCUCUCACGCGGGAGACAAUCUCCAUCUCAGAGGUGUUUGUGAACAACGAUUCGCAGAAGGCAGAGAUAUUUGCGCAAGACCUCGUCACGCAAGUCGUAUUGGUUAAGGAGGAAGUGCUGUACAUGCGGUUGCGAGUGAAAGAUGUAGCACCGGCAAAAACGGAGGAAGCCGGUGAGGUUUCUCGAGCAGCUUCCACAAAUGUCAUUCCAGCUACUGCUGGCACGACAACGUCUAUUGGGCCCAACAAACACUGCAUCAGCGCCCCUGUGGAGGGAGGCGGCAGGGCUGCAGCAGUAGUAGCAUCGACACUUGUAGACAAUGGGGCCGGCACAAAGGCGUCUUCGAGCGUUGAUGUGGAAAACAGGAAAAUAUCCCAGAGGCAGCAGCCGUCGGAGAAGACGAAGGCGCACGAUGAAGAAAAACGUGUCGCUCCUGGUGACGCUGAAAAAACGCUCUCGAGACGAAAAUCUGCUCCUGAUGCAAAGCAUGGAACUGAAGAGGACGAAGAAAGGAACAUCGGCACCAUGGGGAUUGGAGCGAGACGGAGGGCCACCGAGCGCCACCGAGACCAAGACCAGGAAGAGCAUGAUGACUCCGUCGCCAGUUAUAUUGCUGGCCCUAACAAACUCAUGCCGAAUCCACGGGCAAGGCAGAGUGCUGCAAAGACCAAGGAGUCAGCGCCACCUGUGAAGGAGACAGCGCCACCCGUGAAGGAGCCUUUACCAGAGAGUGAUGUGCAACCAAAGUGUCGGCUGGGGUGGGGCCCGGAGGCAGAGAAGUACUUUGCCGAUAACUACGUUACCUCACCGGACAGGUUGGCGCGGCAACUUCGCAAGGCCAAACAGGAUGAGAAGAAACUGCAGGAAGAGACCAAGAAAAAGAUGCAGAAGGCCAGAGAAGAGGAGGAGGAGAACUUUAGCACCGGAGCGGGCAGUGGCAAGCCAAAGGCAACAGGGCGUGGUCUCGGCCUCGAUCUUGACGGAGAAAAAAAUUCUGCUGACAGUUAUAUUGCUGGCCCUAACAAGCUUAUGCCGAAUCCACGGGCAAGGCAGAGUGCUGCAAAGACAAAGGAGACAGCGCCACCCGUGAAGGAGCCUUUACCAGAGAGUGAUGUGCAACCAAAGUGUCGGCUGGGGUGGGGCCCGGAGGCAGAGAANGUGAAGGAGACAGCGCCACCCGUGAAGGAGCCUUUACCAGAGAGUGAUGUGCAACCAAAGUGUCGGCUGGGGUGGGGCCCGGAGGCAGAGAAGUACUUUGCCGAUAACUACGUUACCUCACCGGACAGGUUGGCGCGGCAACUUCGCAAGGCCAAACAGGAUGAGAAGAAACUGCAGGAAGAGACCAAGAAAAAGAUGCAAAAGUCCAAAAAAGAAGAGGAGGAGGAUGAGGAGAAGGAACAGAUGGAUAAGAACGUAGCCAGUGAACGGACUAUCUCGAGUAUGGUGUACUCGUUCGAGGAUAAACAGCAUGUGCAGAAUGAGGAGCAGCACCGUGGUUCCACCUCGCAGCGCCCCAGCACCAUUGGGGUAUGUGGCACUGUGGCGAAUGAGGAAGGGGAGGAGCCUCGCACGGUUCCUGCACUGCAAGGAAUUGCUUCCACACCUCAAACAACGCAAAACAAUGCCUGGCGGCGUGGCAGCGGCUCCACCGCGACCCGCAAGAGACGUCUGAGCGGAAUCGGUGAAGGCAUGUGCGCUGCAUGCCCCAUUGUGGUGGAGCGCCAGCUUAGCUAUGAGGCUUCCGACGAUGUUGCUGGUGCCCACACACCAGAGCAGCAGUCAACGCGGCGGUUGUUACAAAAUGGUAGCAACCCUAGCACCGCGGAGGCAGCGGAAAAGGAGGAGCAGAAGCAGCAGCAGCCACCCCCAGGGUGGGGAAGAGAGGCACUUCGCUACUUUGACGUAGAGACGUACUUUGACGACCCCAGUAAGGCGAAGCUGAGCCCAGAGAUCUUAUCCCGCCCUGUGCGGGCACGGAGAGAUGUAGUGCUACCGUUCUACUUUGCAUCCCUCGACAAGUGA